AUCAUCACGCUUGUUUAUAAAUUCAAAUUAUUAAACUAGUCAAUAAAUCGAGUAAUUUCGUUUUUAAGUUUAAAUGUGAAUUGAAUUUUGUGCAUCGUAUUAUUGAAUACACAACGUCAAGUGAAUCGUUUAGUCAAUAGUUGUUUAAUUAUUCGUUGUCAACAUAAAAUAUGAAGUAUUUGAUUUUUGUUGUGUGCAUAAUUGGGUCAUUGGCUGGCAACAAUUUAAGUGUGUCUAAUUCAAUCGAGCAAAAUAUCGAAAAAUCAAAAUAUUAUCGAUUGACUACGGACGUUGUACCGUUAGAUUAUGUGAUUGAAUUUACCCCGUAUUUCAAUAAUGAAAGUGGCAAAGAUGCAUUCACGUUUGAUGGAAACGUUAAAAUUACAUUGAAUGUCACCAAAGCCAAUGUUCAAAAUAUCACACUACAUAAAGAUGAUUUGGAAAUUGUCGAACAGGCUUUAAUCAUGAAAUCAAUAUAUCCGUGGAUCGUAGAGUCUGUGAACAUCAGCCAUACUGAAUAUCGUAAUGAAACGCAUAAAUUUAGUAUUAUAUUAUCUAAACCAUUGAUUGAAAAUCAAUUGUACGAAUUGCAUCUGAAGUUUACGGGGAACCUAAGAACUGAUAUGCUCGGAUUCUAUCGCAGUUCAUACAAAGAUGGCAAUGUCACAAGGUGGUUAGCAGCAACUAAAAUGGAACCAGUUCAUGCCCGAAAGGCAUUCCCGUGCUUUGAUGAGCCACAAUUCAAGGCAACGUUCACCGUAAGUGUCAAUCGACCAAGUCACUAUCCACCAUCACUCAGCAAUACACCACUUGAACGCUCGGAAUAUUUGGGACCAAAUUUGAUUCGAGAUACAUUUGUAAAAAGCCCAAAAAUGUCCACCUAUUUGGUGGCAUUUAUUGUGUCUGAAUUUAUUUGUCGAGAAAAUUCUGAAAAAACAUUCGGUGUAUGCUCGCGUUCAAAUGCAUACAAUCAAACCGAAUAUAGUUAUGAUGUUGGUCAAAAAACGUUGGCCAAAUUUGAUGAACUAUUUGAUUACAAGUACAAUGUUCAUAUGCCCAAGCUGCAUAUGGUUGCUAUACCGGAUUUUGUUGCCGGUGCUAUGGAAAAUUGGGGUUUGGUUACUUACCGCGAGACCGCCCUAUUAUAUGCAGCAAAUGUAUCGACGGCAAGAGCUCAACAACGAGUUGGUACGGUCGUUGCACACGAACAAGGUCACAUGUGGUUCGGGAACUUGGUGACCUGUGACUGGUGGUCGAACCUUUGGUUGAACGAAGGCUUUGCAACGUAUUUCGAAUAUUUCACAACGGCAAUGAUUGAGAAAAAUUGGGGUUUGGAGCAUCAGUUUGUGGUUGAAGAGUUACAAUCGAUUUUCAAAGAAGAUUCAUUAGAAAAUUCGCAUGCUCUCACACAUGAUGUCAUUACACCAGACGAAAUCCAAGACAGAUUUGAUGGAAUAUCAUAUAAUAAAGGUGCAUCAGUACUUCGAAUGUUUGAACACACUUAUGGAAGUGAGACAUUUAUUGCAGCCCUUCGAAAUUAUCUAAAAGCAAAUGAAUUGAGCACAGCAGUUCCCGAGAACUUAUAUGCAGCCUUUCAAAGUGUAAUUAAGGACAAUUCAAAUGUUAGCGAUGUCAUGAGCACUUGGGUCAAGCAGGCCGGCUAUCCAGUUUUGAAUGUCAAUGUGUUCAGCGAUCGUAGAACUGUAGUAAUUUCACAGAAAAAAUUCCUACAGAACAAUCCAAAGCACACAGAUAAUAGAUUGUGGAGUAUUCCAAUAACAUAUGCAACGAUUAACAAAAAUGCGAACUUCAGUGAAACAAAAACGUCAACAUUCUUAUCUACAGAAUCACAGCAAAUCAAAUUGGCAGAACCAUUUGAAUGGAUUAUUUUUAAUGUACAGCAAACAGGUUAUUAUCGCGUAAAUUACGAUGACUUUACAUGGACAAAAAUUGACAAAGUAUUAUAUGAUUCACAUACAAGUGUUCACAUACUAAAUCGUGCUCAGAUCGUCGACGAUGCAUUGAGUUUAUCUCGUGGUCAUCAACUUAACUAUGAGCAAUCUUUGCAUACCGUUCAGUAUCUUCAAAAAGAAACUGAUUACAUUCCAUGGGUAUCGGCGUUAAAUAAUUUCAAAUUUAUUUUGGCUCGUUUUCAAAAAGAUGAUUCAUCAUUUGAGAAUUUCGUGUUGGGUUUGCUCACAAAGGUGUAUGCUCACUUGGGAUUUUAUCCAAAAGAAAAUAUUGACACUCGUCUAGACAUUUACAAUCGCGACCAGAUUCUCGGAGUUGCUUGCAGACUGGGCCAUAAGCAAUGCGUUGCUGACGCACGUUCUGAGUUCGAUAAAUACUUACACGGCAAUCAUACAAUUCCAGUGAAUUUAGUGCCGGUUGUUUAUUGUACCGUGGUGCGUGAAGGGUCCGACAAAGAAUGGGAAUAUUUGUGGGAAAAAUUCAAAACCGAGAAUGUAGCCGCUAAACAGGAUACAAUUUUGAAAGCAUUGGGCUGUACAAAACGACCAGACUUGAUAACGAAAUACUUUAAUUACAUUCUAUCUGAUAAUAUUCGUACGCAAGAUAAAUUGUCAGCUCUCAGAUCAACGCUAUCACAACAAAUAAACAUUGAUUUAGUACUUGAAUUUAUCAUCACAAAUCACACAAACAUUCUGAAAGCAUUUGAAUCGGAGAAAGAUUUCAUAAGGAUUUUAACUGAAACAAUUAAAUUGCUCACAACCGCCGAACAAGUUGACAAAGCGGAGAAAUUUGCCAAAGAACAUAAAUUCGAUGCCAAUGACAACGUACAAAAAGAAUUGAAAAAUGCCAAGUUUAAUUUAGAAUGGGCCGAACAUAACAUACCCAGCAUUAAAAGCUUUUUAGAGAAAAACCCGGAACCUAGUGUCGCUCCAAUACACACCAUUUCAUAUUGUAUCUUAUUGAGUGUAGUUUUUGUUUCCAUUUUUAAUUAAUGGCAUCACUCAUUAGCGUAGUUCUUUUCCAAUUUGAAAUAAUUUCAUUGGAAAAUAAUAUAAUUUCAAUGUAAAAUCAAAUUGGCAAACAAUAUAUGUUUAGCGAAAACUUUAUUAACGAUUCAGUUGAACACUGUUUAAACAUGAUUAUUAUUGUUAAAAGCACGUAUAAUCCAAUCGAUUUGAAAUGAUGAAGAAUUGAUUCAAAAUGAGAAAAAAAAAGUGUCCACUUUUUACAUCGAUCGUAAAAGUCUUUUUGAUUGAUACCUUGCUCACAUAUAGCAUCCAAUUAUUUCAAGCAUUUAGGCUCAUUUCAAUUGAAAAUAUUUU